AUGGCUGAGCUUGAUCUGAUGGCUCCAGGGUUCUUGCCGGGCGUCACUGCUCAUAUCCUGGCCCCUCUCAGCCCAGACUCUGGGACAGCCAGUCCAGCAGAAGAAGAGGACUGGGGAUCUCUGGGGAUGGCUGAGGGGCAGGACAGCAGCUCUGCAGAGCUGGGAGCUCUUGGUGGUGAAGGUGAGUGCGAGGGUGAAGGCGAGGAGGAGAUUCUGUGUGAUUUCUGCCUGGGAGGCAGCAGGCUGAGGGCAGUGAAGUCCUGCCUGACCUGCAUGGUGAAUUACUGUGAGGAGCACCUGCGACCACACCAAGAGAAUAGCAAGUUGCACAGUCACCAGUUAACUGAUCCGGUGUGGAAUCAGGACCUGCGCAUUUGCCCUGCCCACCAUCUCCCGCUGGUUGCCUUUUGCCACCCAGACCAGGAGUGCAUCUGUGACGAGUGUGGCCAGAACGAACACAAGGGCCACACUGUUGUCUCCCUGGAUGCAGCUCACAGGGACAAAGAGGCUGAACUUCGAUGCACCCAGUUGGACCUGGAACAGAAACUCAAGUUGAAUGAAGAUGCCAUUGCCAGACUUCAAGCAAACCAUAAAUCUGUUUUGGUGUCAGUCUCAGAAGUGAAGGUGGUGGCUGAAGAGCAGUUUGGGGAACUCCUGGCUGCUGUGAGGAAGGCCCAGGCUGAUGUGAUGCUCUUCCUGGAGGAGAAGGAGCAAGCUGCUCUGAGUCAGACCAAUGGCAUCAAGGCCCACCUGGAGCAUAGGAGUGCAGAAAUGGAGAAGAGCAAACAGGAACUGGAGAGGGUGGCUGCCAUCAGCAACACUGUCCUGUUCUUGGAGGAAUAUUGCAAGUUUAAGAACAUGGAGGACAGUGCCUUCCCGAGUGUUUACAUUAGACUGAAGGAUAAGCUCUCUGGCAUCCGCAAGGUCAUCACAGACUCCACGGUACACUUAAUCCAGCUGCUGCAGAACUAUAAGGAGAAGCUUCAGGAGUUUGCCAAGGAAGAAGAGUAUGACAUCAGAACUCAAGUGUCUACCAUCAUUCAGCACAAAUAUCAGACCUCAAAACCUGAGCCCAGCAGCAGAGAAGAGUUCCUCCAGUAUGCCUAUAAUAUGACAUUUGAUCCAGACACGGCACACAGAUAUCUCCGGCUCCAGGAGGACAACCGCAAGGUCACCAAUACUACGCCCUGGGAACAUCCCUACCCUGACCACCCUAACAGGUUCAUGCAUUGGCGGCAGGUACUGUCCCAACAGAGUCUGUACCUGCACAGGUACUAUUUUGAAGUAGAGAUCUCUGGAGCAGGAACCUACAUUGGCUUGACCUACAAAGGCAUAGACAGGAAAGGGGAGGAGCGCAACAGCUGCAUUUCUGGAAACAACUUUUCCUGGAGCCUUCACUGGAAUGGGAAAGAAUUCCGGGCCUGGCACAGUGACACAGAGAUCCUGCUUAAAGCCAGCCCUUUCCGGAGGCUGGGGAUAUUCAUUGACUUCCCAGGAAGGACCCUCUCCUUUUAUGGCAUAGAGCCUGGUGCCAUGACUCUAGUUCACAAGUUUGACUGCAAUUUUUCUGAGCCAGUCUACCCUGCCUUCUGGCUUUCCAAGAAGGAAAACUCCAUCCGGAUUAUGGAUCUAGGAGAAGAACCUGAGAAGGUGGCACCAUCCUCAGUGGAGCCUACUCCCUAG